AGCUGAUCCAACACAACAAAACAUCACUGAAUGUAAAUCGCAAAGAGAUCGUUGGAAAAGGCUUUAUAGUGUUUAGUAAAGCAUCUGAUAUGGAACUUCAAGGAUUUCAAAGCAAAAAGAAGCCGUCUUUGAUAAACCGUUCACUGCUACCCGCGAAGUUGAUCAACUUGGUCCUGUCGGCCGGCGAAGCGAAUCUUCUGCCGUUUUUGCCGAUGUUUUAUCGUUUCAUUGGACUAACAGCUCUUCAAAAUGGUAUUUUGGGAAGCGCGAGACAUUUGGUUUCUUUUUGGGCUUCCCCUGUGCUGCGGAUCAUCGCCGAAAAGACAAACAAGAGAAAGUUUCUUUUUCUUGUCUUGCUGUUAGCCUCAGUGAUUUCUAAUAUUUCCCUCGGACUAGUAAGAACGGCAGUAUCCACAACAAACUUCCGAGCUUAUAACUGCGAGCAUUUAGAACUUAAUCACAGCAUUUCAAGAGUCAAUGGGUCCGACAUAAAUCACUUAAACGCUUCAACAAAGAAAUCAGCAGAAUUCUCUCCAACAGGUGCAAUCAAUAAAUCGCUCGCCACAUUAUUUUCGAAUGAGCCGGAAGCUGCCGUGGGAAAUUUAACGCUAUUAAAUAACAAUACGUCAACGACAAACAAAAGAUUUGACAUCGGAUUGCGGAAAAUUAAACGAAGAGACUCUGAAAACAACGGAAAUAUUUUAACUCUUGCGAGCCUAUCGCCUCUGGCACCCCAAGUUAAUAAUUCAGCAAGCACAUAUAACAAUAACCAAAUCGAUUACUUAAAUUAUCAAGCGAAGAGCGAAUGGUACAGCCUCUUCGGGUUUAGAAUGGAUUACACCUUCAAGGUCCUUUUCACUUUGGUACUUUUAAGUGAACUUUUCAUGUCCUCUAUGAAAGGAAUCAGUGGAGUUUUGUUUUCUGACAUAAACCGACAGAACAAAAUUUCUCGCUUUGCUAACAAUGUCUGGACAUCUUUAGGAACAGUUCUUGGAGGUGGAGUGCUAAUUAUGGUCAUUGGCUAUUAUCGGUGCGAGUUUGGCCUGAUAAACAGUUUCUACUUACAUUUUUAUAUUUAUGCAAUCUUUGGAGCUGUGUCCUUUGCUCUUGGCGCAGUCUUGAAGGAACAAGAGCAGAAGUCAAUCUUGGUACUGAGAUUUGCAAGGACAUGUGGACAUCUCUGUUGUGAUGUAAACAUGUUAUGCUUCCUUGCCGUGUUGCUGGUACUGGGAAUGGCAGAGUCUCUCAUGUACAACUUUAUGAUGUGGUACCUGCAAGACAUUGGAGCAUCAAUUGUUGUUAUGGGCAUAAUUUUAGUAACAAGUGCAUUCUCUGAAAUUCCAACACUGUACAUCUCAAAACACUUGAUUCGCUGCUGUGGUCAUCACUGGGUAAUAUUUGUGUCUCUCUUCUGUUAUGGAGGCCGUUUCCUUUAUUUCUCAUACUUUAAAAACCCCUGGCUUAUUAUUCCUAUAGAACUUCUUCAUGGUCUUUCAUAUACAACAGUUCACAUGGCUUGUUCAUCAUAUGCAGCCACAGUGGCCUUUCAGGGAACAGAAAAGACACUAAAGAUUAUUUUCUCCACAGUAUACCAUGGUCUGGGUAUGGGAAUUGGUGGUAUUGCUGUGGCUCUUUUGUAUCAAAUUUAUGGUCCUAUAGUGAUUUUUCGCUGUGCAGCAGGAGUAUGUGGUGUGUAUGCACUGGUUUUUGCCAUGCUUCAGUGUAUUCUUGUUCUACCUGAUGGAGAUAGAAGUGGAGGAAAGGUUAUGGAAUACCAACAGAUAAGCUUGGAUGGAGAAAGAGGUGACUUACCUUUUCAGGCAGACUGGCUAAUGGAAGCCCUACAGGCAGAGGAGGAAGGAGAGGAAGAGACUCACUUUAUGAAAUAAUCAGCCAAGGUGACCAGACCUUAUAAAUUUGUAAUGUUUUCUUUCUUGAGAAAUUUUCAAUUUGAAAAUACUUCCCAUGUAAUAUAAUUCUUAGAAAAACACUUUCUUUUCUUGGGAUGCUGUAUUUCUACCCACAUAUUUGAAAUCUAAAGAAGAAAAACAUUGCAAGAUUAAAUUAUU